AUGCAGACACAGCAUUGGUUUUCAACGGCAGUCUUGUUCUGGGCUGCGCUUGCCUCGCUUGCGAUAACCCUCGUCAUCGCUCAUCCUCCUCCUCCGACGACUCUAUUGGACGCCCUCACGCAAGUUGCUCGCAUUGACGGUGAUAGCCUUCUGGCUGACCGCUUCCCGCACUUACCUAUUGACCAAAGGAGGUUCGUUGGCGUCGUUCCGCAAAACCUUAUUGGUCUGAUUCAAGGUGCGGAUUCAAGCGGAAGGCUGACCUUGCCAGCACCUGCUCCGGGACAUGUACUUCUGCUCACCGUGCCAGAUUCCGUCAGCCGCAGCGAGCUUCGUGGAGUGGGACUUUUCCGCGAGCCCUCGACGCAUUCUAUCUACUACUUCCAGACCGUCGCUUUUCAUGUGCCCGCUCCUCAGCAAUUCACUCGCGAGCCCAUAGAUCGCCUGCAUCAUAUUCCACCUCGAUCCACCGACGCAACGCUCUUUGGCUCUCGAAGACUCUCGAUCGCGCUUGACGACGGCCGAGUUUUCCAACCGCGAAACAAGUUCGCCUUGUCCCACAUCUCGACUCUGCCAGCAACAGGACCGAGGAACGAGCGCGAAUUGACCAUCUAUCCAAGAGACCUUCUCAACACCAUCCUUCACGGUCCGUCGGCUCACUCCGCGGCAUCGGUACGUUGGUCGUCGCGACCAAAUUGGAUGUUGCAAGGCAACAAACAGGGAAAGAUCAUCUCGCUCGACAGCCAGACGGACGCACAAAGCAGUGUGAGAGCCACCAAGUUGGGCUCACCCAAAAAGUGGAUCGCCUCACUUCGCAAGUCUCUCACGCGCUCUUCUGUAAACGAGCACUCUGAUGCAGCACCGAGUAGCUCUAGUUGA